AUAUCCCGAAAUUAGCCUCCCUAGCUUCGACGGAGACCUAACACAGUGGCUGCAAUUUCGAGACACAUUUGAUGCCCUAGUCAACCAAGCUAGCUUAGCACCGAUCGUAAAAUAUAAGUACCUACGCAGUUGUUUACAAGACGGCGCACUUGAGGUAAUUAGUUCGCUCGAUUUCUCCGAGGACGCGUACAUGCUCGCGUGGCAGAUGCUUUGUGAACGUUAUAAUAAUCCUAAACGUUUAGUCACCAACCACAUGCGAGCCUUGUUCGACGUGGAACCGGUACCGUCAACUCCUUCGGGUCUAAGAGGUCUGUGCGAUAAUAUUUCCAAACAUUUGAGAUCUUUGCGCUCAUUAAAUGUACCUACCGAAAAUUGGGAUCUCGCAAUUAUUCACAUGUUAGUUAAAAAGUUAGACAGUCGAUUGCAAUCAAAGUGGGAAAACAGUGUUGAUUUGAGAAAAUUGCCUUCGUUGCAGGAUUUCAAAACCUUCCUAAAGAACCGAGCUGACCGGCUGGAAGCGACCAGCCCAGCAGUACCAUCGGACGCACCCAGCACUUCCAAGAAGGCCAUGGUAACCACGUCCGAACCUAUCAAGGUAACCUCCAAACAGUUUAAAUGUAACCAGUGUCCGUAUUGUUCGAGUACGCAUUAUAUUAAUCAGUGUCCAAAGUUUAGUGCAUUAAACGUUAUCGCGCGCAUCCGAGCCGUGAAUAAAUUACGAUUAUGCUUUAAUUGUUUGUCCGGAACGCAUGUCUUAACAAACUGCAGGGCCAGUACAUGUCGAGUAUGUAAGGGCAAGCAUCAUACGUUACUACACAAACCAAAUACCAACACUCAUGUAGGUAGUAACCCCGUACCAACGCGAUUACCAAUAUCAACGUUAAUCGACGAACAACCGAGUUCUAGUCAAAUCGAGACUACCUUGUCGAAUAACACUUUAAUCGAAAAACAAAUAAACAAUGCGCGAAAUAGGUCAGUUUUCCUUACAACAGCCCAAGUGCUCGUUAGGGAUAAGCAUAACAAUGUGCAUAAAAUGAAGGCAUUUUUAGACAAUGGCUCGCAAGAAAAUUUCAUUACCGAAAACGCGGCCAAAAAGUUACAAUUAAACAAGGAACAACUUGCCUUAAAUGUCAUAGGUUUCAAUGAAAAAGUGUCUAGCCUUUUAGAAUCGUGUGACGUAACAUUGCAUUCCUUAGACGGAACCUUUACAACGAAUUUGUCCUGUUUUAUUACGCCUAUAAUUUGUACUACCAACAUUUUAAUACCAAACGUGCAACGUUGGCACAUUCCGUCGCGUUAUAAAUUAGCUGAUGACGAGUUUAACUUAGCUCAAGAUGUAGAUUUGCUUAUCGGUGGGGAGAUAUUCUUUGAUUUACUUCUUACCGGUAAAUACAAGCUCGGGCCCGGAUUACCGGUUCUGAGACGCUCGCGAUUAGGAUGGAUAGUCACGGGUUCCGUACAAAAAAAAACCGAGUCUGCCAUUCAAUGUAAAGUUACAGUAGAAACUCAAUUAAAAAAGUUUUGGGAAAUAGAGGAGGGUUCCGCACCAAAUUUACCCUAUGAUGAAAAACAAUGUGAGGAUAUAUUUCUGAAAACUCACACUCACAACUCUGAGGGUAAUUUCGAAAUAGAACUUCCAUUAAAGCAGCCACCUACCAAGUUAGGUCAAUCUAGGCACAUAGCAUAUCGGAGGUUCAAAACAUUAGAAUCCAAGUUCGAGCGGAACCCCGAAUUUAAAGAUAAAUAUGUGAAUUUCAUGCGCGAGUUCGAACAAGCUGGCCAUAUGAUUCAAUUACAAGAUAAUUAUGAUGGCCCAUGUAAUUUUCUACCCCACCAAGCUGUUUUUCGCGACUCCCCCUCAACCCCUAUUCGAAUUGUUUUCGACUGCUCAUGCAGAACUGAUAACGGCAUUUCUUUGAAUGAUAUCCAAUACAAAGGCUCAAUAAUACAGGACGAACUCAUAAAUAUACUUCUACGAUUCCGAAAAUACCAAUAUGUUAUUAACGCUGACAUACAAAAAAUGUACAGAUGUAUUUAUGUUAAACCAAAUCAACAAUACCUACAAUGCAUAUUUUGGCGGGAAAAUACUCACCAACGACUCCAAAUUUAUAUGCUGACCACAUUAAGUUUCGGCUUAAAGUCAGCACCACAUAUUGCAACCAGAUGUUUGUUACAAUUGUCAAACGAAAACCAACACACAUUUCCAGCAGCUGCAGAGGCCAUAGCGAACCAGUUCUACAUGGACGAUUUUAUCGCCGGCGGCGACGACGAGAAUCAGGUAGCUGAAACUGCAUCACAGGUGAACGAGAUCCUGCGGGGAGCCAACUUCACGCUGCGGAAAUGGAAGUCCAAUUCCGAAGUCAUCAUAAAACGGGGCUCGAGUCAGCCAAUUUCCUGGCGGCGCUGCGACGAUUCAUCGCCAGGAGAGGUAAACCGAAGGAGUUGGUGAGUGACAAUUCAACAACCUUUCAUGGGGCUAGUAACGAGCUAAAAGAUUUACAAAAAUACCUACAGGACAGCUCGAGCGAGCUAGUAUCUCAUUGCGCAGACGAGGGCAUAAAAUGGAGUUUUAUUCCUGUCUAUACACCUCAUAUGGGGUCCCUAUGGGAAUCUAGUAUAAAACUUACCAAAUAUCAUUUAAAAAGAGUGUUAGGGUUAUCUUUGUUAACUUACGAACAAUUUGUAUCAAUCCUAUAUCAGGUAGAAUCUAUGGUAAAUUCUAGGCCACUAUGUCCCUUACCUAGUUCAAAUCCUGACUAUCCUGUCCUUACGCCAGCUCACUUUUUAAUUGGAAAAGCACCAAAUUCACUUCCGGACGAAGAUUAUAACCAUGUACCAAAGAACCGAUUAACUCACUAUCAACUUUUGCAACAAAUCACGCAGGACUUCUGGCGGCGCUGGUCACGUGACUACAUCGGAACGCUGCAGGAACGCACGAAGUGGAGGAGCGCGCGCGGCCCAAGCCUCGCAGUCGACACCGUCGUCCUGGUACGAGACGAGCGUCUGCCGCCCUGCCGGUGGAGGCUGGGCAAGAUCGUCGCGACGCAGCCGGGCCGGGAUGGCGUCACCAGGGUGGCCGUCAUCCGAACCGCCAGAGGGGACAUCCAACGCGCGUUCAAUAACAUUUGUCCAUUACCUACUUCGGGUGAAGUCAUAUAAGUAGUAAAUACCUACCAACAGUACCAACCUAAUGUAAAGUUCAAAUAAUUAUAACUAAGUGUCUAAUAAGUAUAAUUAAGUACCUAAAUUACCUUACUUACCUAGUACCUAUGUACAUAAUUAGAAUACCUACUCCCUAUUUAAAAUAAAAAUCAUUUC